AUGAGCAUAAUUGAACCUUUUGUACUUGAAUCUAGCAAUGGUAGUAUUACUGUUGACGGAAUUAAUCAACUAGAAUGUUUUAUUCCCGAAUCACAUCGAUUCAAAGAAAAAUACGUGAAAAAUACUAUGGAAAGCAGCAAUUUAUCUAUCGGUGAACAAAUUGCAUACCAAUGGACGAAACCCGAAACAGGUGGGUUUUAUCAAAAUGAGGAAUUCGGUCUGUUAGGAAUGAAAUAUCAUCUAUGGAUCGAUGAACGUAUAGAAAUGGAUGACGAUGAAAAUUUUGACAAAGCUGAACUAGCUGAACUAUUCACGUCCAACAGUGCUAUUAGCAGUUUAAGUCAUACUCUUUUUCGCCAGAAUAAGAAAAUAGAACCUACUGAACAUAAUGGAAUAACUACUUCUAUUAUUCCGGCAAUAUUUGAUUGUUCUUCUGACGACGUUGACAUUAAGUGUCUCUUCUUUACUCGUAAUAAUAAAUAUGAUAUACAAUCGAUGCUCAAAUUGCAAGACUGGGAGAAUAUUUUAAGAAUCACACUAUCACAAUUAAUUAAUGAUGGUUAUGUUGGUGGUAAGGUUACGGUUUUACCCAGUGAUAAAUCGUUCGAAAUUCUGCUUAAGCUAGGUUUAGCGUUGGAGCCAAAGGUUUUGGAAGAAGAAUACAUAAAUCUGAAAUCAAUGAAACUAAGGGAGACUAUUUUAAACGAAAUUUAG